CUCUGCACAUGCGCACAGCAAAAGUUGGCGCCAUUUUGUUCUCCCAGCUACUGGCGAGAAAAACGUUUCUUACGGGCGAGAAGAAUGUAGUCAUAUUUUCCGCGCUUUAGAACCCAUAAUUCAGUGACAGACCGCGCUGAUGACACAGAGGAGGGUUUGCAGACUCAUUCUUUAAGGGAAGCUGGAAUGGUGAGCUGGCACGAGGAUGGGGGCAUUUCUGGACAAGCCAAAGACGGAGAAAGUGAACGAGCACGGUUCUGGGAACGGGCUGAGGUUCGGGCUGAGCUGCAUGCAGGGCUGGCGGGUGGAGAUGGAGGACUCGCACACGUCGGUGCUGGGCCUGCCGCACGGCCUCAAGGACUGGUCCUUCUUCGCCGUGUACGACGGCCACGCCGGCGCCAACGUGUCCAUGUACUGCUCGGAGAACCUGCUGGACUCCAGCGUGUUAUCCAGGAAUGGGAAGUGUGAGUUCUUCACCAAAGAUCACAAGCCAUUCCACCCCAUGGAGAGAGAGCGCAUCCAGAACGCGGGCGGCAGUGUUAUGAUCCAGAGAGUGAACGGCUCGCUGGCGGUUUCCCGGGCGCUAGGUGAUUUUGAGUACAAGUGUGUGGACGGGCUAGGUCCGUGCGAGCAGCUGGUCUCCCCAGAGCCGGAGAUCACGGUACAGGAGAGGACCGAUAACGAUGAGUUUGUCGUGCUGGCGUGCGACGGGAUCUGGGACGUGAUGAGCAAUGACGAGGUGUGCGACUUCGUGCGCUCGCGGAUGCAGCUGACAGACAACCUGGAGAGCAUCGCCAACCAAGUCGUGGACACCUGCCUCUACAAGGUGAGUACAGGUACAGAUGUACCUGUAGUGUAGUACUAUCUA